UCCUGCUCGAUGUAAGAUGUUAGUGACCGACAACAGCAACGAGCUCCACACAAGCAACAGCCGCAUCUGCAUCUGCACCUGGAGAUGGAGAUGGAGCCUGAUCCAACUGUUUGCCCUCUGCUCCCUCAGUGUUGAGGCGGCCACACCCACCACAGUGUCCACGGGCCAACUGCUGGCGGGACAUCAGCUGCUGCCAUGGCAGGCGACGGCGGCCACAUCCUCCUCGCCCCACGCCACAGCCACGUUAGCGCCCACGGCCCGCAAUCUGUUCGCGCCUUACCAGCGCUUCAGCCAGCAGGACGACAUCAGCUUCAAGGAUGUGCGCCAGCGCAGUGACGGCACCAUUGUGCAGUCCUUUGGUUCCUAUCGCACCGCCCGCCAAUCGGGCGGUCCAGCUGCCGCCGCAGCCCAACGCCGUUCGGAUGCCGCCGUUGAAAUCAUUCCGGCGCCCUCGGUGGAGCUGCCCCAAGGCGAACUGAUCACGAUACCAAAGCAACUGGUGCCCACGAUGCCCGAGAACGUGACGCGGCAGGGCAGGCAGCGUAACUACAUGUACAUUCCACUGCAGACGGAGGCGGAUCCCGACUCGGCUGGAGCCCUCCUUCAGCUGCGUCCGAGCCGAAAUGCCACGCUCUCCUCGCUGGGACCGCCGGCAGAUGGAGUAGCCGCUGUGGCCCAUCAGUUUGGAGCGGAACUGGCCACUCAGGGCAGUCCGGAGCAGCAGCCGCUGGAACUAGACCCAGAGCGCACGGAACGCAGUGAUCUGGUGGCCUCCGCCAGCUCCACGGACACGCUGGAGUACGCGGAGCCAGAGAACACCAGUCGACGCGUGGGCUUCCAGUUUCCCAGCUACAGUCUCAAGCCCGCGAGCCCCUUCCAUCCGCAGUCCUAUCGCGAGGACAACCCAAUCUUCGGGGAGACGAGUGCAGCGGGAUUCGAGCCGCAGCCAUACAGCGAGGAUGCCUCGCCCACGCCCACACAGUACGAGGCGCACGAGACGCGCCACACACGCCAGCUGUACUUCGACUCGGAUGUGUCGCCCUCCAGCUUCGAGUUUCCGGGUCUGGCGAGCAACUCCAAGCCCCACGGCCUCAAGCUGUAUCGGGAUGAUGUGACCAAGUUUGGCGACGUCAAUGGACCCAUCACAGCCCUGCCGCAGCGUCCGCAGCGUGGCUUCUACUUUGGAGACACGGAAUUCCGGACGGGGCCGCCUGCACCCAUCCGCCAGUUUGGGCCACAGAAGAACUUCCAGGAGUACGUGGGACCCAGCGACUAUCAGGGCUCCCGCAAGAGUCGCUACUAUCCGUACAAGUCAUCCCGCAGCCCCCGUGUGGUGUUCCCCUCCAACGACAAUGUGGGAACGACUGGGGUCAGUGGUCCGGCCAGCAGCAGCGGACCCUCCGGCACAGGAGUCUACUUCAGCGACAACCUCGCCUUCAGGGAUCAGAACUUUGGCAUCAACGAACUGUCCGCCGUGCAGGAUGUGCGCAACGAUUACAGUCUGCAGGAGCUGGACAACGCCUCGGAGGCCACCAGCAGUCCGCAGUCGGCGAGCACGUUCAAGGAGAAAGUCGACAUCACAACGGACAUGGAGUGCCAGAACCGAGGCGGCACAUGCGAGUUCUUUUUGGGCUGCUGGCUGUCCGGUGGCCUCAUUCAGGGCACAUGCAACGGAGUGCUGCGCGGCUGUUGCCACCGCACGGCCAAGUCGGCCAAUCUGCGCAGCUCGGACUAUGUGGGCAAUACCGUAGAUCUCACAGAUCUGCCGCAAAAGAACUAUGGACCGGUCAACAACGAACCCAGUUGCGGCAUCUCGCUGGCCAAGCAGACCGCCCAGCGUCGCAUCGUGGGUGGAGACGAUGCGGGCUUCGGCUCCUUCCCCUGGCAGGCCUACAUACGCAUUGGAUCCUCCAGAUGCGGUGGAUCGCUGGUCUCGCGGCGUCAUGUGGUCACCGCCGGGCAUUGUGUGGCUCGGGCCACGCCCCGUCAGGUGCACGUCACGUUGGGCGACUACGUGAUCAACUCGGCCGUGGAGCCACUGCCGGCUUAUACCUUCGGUGUGCGACGCAUCGAUGUGCAUCCGUACUUCAAGUUCACCCCGCAGGCGGAUCGCUUUGACAUCUCCGUGCUGACGCUGGAGAGGACCGUGCACUUCAUGCCACACAUCGCUCCCAUCUGCCUUCCCGAGAAGAACGAGGACUUUCUGGGUAAAUUCGGCUGGGCUGCCGGCUGGGGUGCCCUGAAUCCGGGCUCCCGGCUGCGUCCCAAGACGCUGCAGGCCGUCGACGUUCCGGUGAUCGAGAACCGCAUCUGCGAGCGCUGGCACCGGCAGAACGGCAUCAAUGUGGUGAUCUAUCAGGAGAUGCUCUGCGCAGGCUACCGCAACGGUGGCAAGGACUCGUGCCAGGGCGACUCGGGUGGACCGCUGAUGCACGACAAGAACGGGCGUUGGUACUUGAUUGGUGUCGUCUCGGCUGGGUACUCCUGUGCGUCGCGUGGCCAGCCAGGGAUCUACCACAGCGUGAGCAAGACCGUCGACUGGGUAUCCUACGUCGUUGGCCUCACGAUGAACAUCUGAUCUACUACUAAUUUAUUCUCAUCGCAUUCGCAAUCGCACCUGCACCUCAAUGGUGCAUGAUUUUGUACAUAAUUCACUUCAUUCUGCUCACUGAAUACUGAAUUCUGAUCAAUGCUAAAACCCCUAUUUAUGAAUACAACACAAAACGAAUUAUAACAUUAAAUACAAAUGAACAAAUUAGCGCAGUACAAUUUAGCGGAUAGAAAUGGAUGUACAUAUGUAUGUACAUAUGUACAUAUAUGUAUGUAUGUAUGCAGAGCCCUAAACUAAUUAUAAUUAAUGAUUAAUUUACGUAGUCAUAUGCGCUGUUAUGUAAUUUUAAUACUAUUUAUGAACUACUACAUUUCGUGUGUAAAUCAAUUAUACAACAAUGAAAUUAGGUCCAAA